AUGGCAGAAGUUAAUGAAAGAACAGAUCAAUUUCAAGAUUAUCAAACAAAAUUAUCUGAAUUAUUAUCAAUGAACCCAUUUAUAAAAGAGUUAGAAGAACAAACUAAAACUAUUGAACAUUUACGUCAAAGAAUUGAUCAAUUAGAAUCAUCCAAAGUAAAUCAAUCUCUUCAUUCGAAUUAUCAAGAUAGCAUCAAUAAUCAUGAUUCGACUAAUAAUUUACAAGAUGAAGUAAAAUCACUUCAUAAAAGAGUUUUUGAAUUGGAAACAGAUUUUUUAAUUAAAAAUAAAGAAUGUCAAGCUCAAAAAAAAGAAAUAGAGCUAUUAAGGAAAGAAAAUGAUGAAAUCAAACAACAUGUAUCCAUCAUCCUUGAAAUGGUUUCCAAUCAAAAGCCAUCAUCGAAAGAAUUUGUUAAACAAACAAUUAAAGAAUUUGAUGAGAAAGAAUCCCAAUCAAACAAACAGACAAGCUCAGAUUUGGAAGAUACAGACGAUGAAGAUUAUAUAAAGUCAAGCAGACUGCCUCUGAAAUCUAGAAGAAAUGUUGUAACUAGGGAUACUCAAAUACCAAAGACAUCAUAUUAUUCUGACCAAGCAAAAAAUAUAUCUGUCCCAACUAAAAGUAAUCCUUUAUCACCAACAUCACCAACAUUAAUUUCUCGUACUGAAAGACGUUUCGAAAACUUAUUACCAGAAAGACAAAAUCCUGGAUUUUAUAACAACUCUCAAUAUAUUCCAGGCCAAAUCCAUAAACGUUCAAAAAGUGAAUCUCGUUCGUCUCAAUCACAACCGGUUCAAAUUAACACUCCUAUUUCUCCAAAAAGACCACAAAAUUAUUCAAAACUUACUUCUAGUAACGGUUCAUCAACAUCUUCCCAUUCAGGAAGUGAUUUUAUGAAAUCAAAUAAUAAUUACUUAUCUGAUUAUGAUAGUGAAGAUCAUGAGUAUGUUGGUGAACAAAAUAUUAUGGAAUAUAAGUCGAAUAUCGACCAAAGCAAGGAAGAAUCAUCUGCUUCACACG